CUGCAUGUAGUUAAUGAGGGAUUUUAACUAAAUGCUUAACUGCUACAUCAGUUCUGCCUAUUCAUCAUUAUUGCUUUGAGUCAAUAAAGUCAAAAUGUAAAAAGAAAUCUUUUUAAUUCAGGUAUAUUCUGAUGACGAAAAUGAGUUUGAUUUCUGUAUCCAUGGAAUGAAUCUAAGAGAAUUUGGAGUUUACAAGAAAUUUUGGGUCCCAGAAAUAGGUGAACGUAUAAAAUGUUCCUUGAGUGCCAGUAAAUCAGUUGAGACCAUGAAAGAUGGGACAACUGUUGGAAAAGUGGAGAAAGAUGGGCACGAAUUGUUUCUGAAAUACAUCAAUGCAGGAGGUGAUAUUUGUGCUGUUGUUGUGGGUGAGCCAAAAGCAAACAAAUCAAAAGGGGAAGAAAUUCCUGUUGUUUAUGAAUUUUCUGCACAAGAGUGGACAAAUCGCUUGAAAAAUGUCAGGAUUGAAAUAAAAGAUGUGAUCACAAAAAGAAGUAAGAAGAAAAAGUCACUAAAGUUCAUAUGCGGUACUUAUAAUCCAGACAGCAUGUAUAUUAUUUGUGAUUUCUUAAGACAAGACUUAAACAAACAAGCAAUGGGAAAAAUAAAUCUCAGAAUCUGA